CGACGGCAGCGGCGGGACCCUACUGUCAUCAUCCCAGAGCCACCCAGCUGUUUCAGCGAUGACAGAGUCAUCCGGACGAGAUAAGCUCGAGAAACGUGCAAGCAGGAAGUGCUAAAAGCGGAAAGUAGCCAAUCAAAGUGCUGCCAGCUAACUAUCAUUCUGACAGCGCAACAUCGCCGUCAGCAGUCGCAGUGAUACGUCGACAGGUAUGUCUUCGUCCGCCUCACGAGACAACGUCGUUAAAAAGAAGCACGUUCGUUUCGCCAGCAUGGAGGACAACAACGACGAGCAGGAGGAGGACACCCUGUUCGACAAGAGGAAGGAGGCCGGGAGAGGGCUGAAGAGCGCGCUGAAGGCGGUCAAGAGGACGAAGAAACCGGGAUGCGACGACCGUGUGGAGGUGGUCGGCGGACGGAGGGGCGGACAUGGAGCGUGCGGCCGCUGGAUGGUCACCCUCUCGCUCUGUGCUUCUUUCCUAGGCUUGGGGAUGAGUAUCUCUGUUCUUGGCCCCACGUUCGAGGACCUGGCUGUGAAUGUGAAGAAGAACAUCAGCAACAUUUCUUACAUCUUCGUCGGCCGUUCUGCGGGCUACAUCGGCGGUUCCCUCUUAGGAGGCAUUCUCUUCGACUGCAUGAACCCCCAUCUCCUGCUAGGGUUUUCUAUGCUGGUCACGUCGUUUGGAAUGUGUGCUAUCCCUUUCUGUAAGCAGGCUCUGCUGCUCACCGGGCUCAUGUCCAGCAUUGGGAUGUCUAUGGGUGUUCUGGAUACAGGCGGGAACGUCCUCAUACUGAACACAUGGGGGGAGCAGGCGGGUCCUCACAUGCAGGCUCUGCACUUCAGCUUCGCAGCCGGGGCCUUUGUGUCUCCGAUCAUAGCCAAGCUGGUGUUUGGGCCUGACGGGAACAGCAGCACAGGAAUCAUACCAGACAACUCCACAGAACAAAUCACCAAGGCCCCCGACCCUCACACCGCCGCCCGCUAUGUCCACAGCAGGAGCAGCACUCUCAAAUCCAUGUGGGCCUACGUUGUGAUCGGCUCUUUCGUCUUUUUCAUCUCCUUCCUCUUCUUCAUCCUCUACACUCGCAGGAGCAUGUCACAAGACAAAGCCCGCACGUCGUCCGGAAAGCCCCUGGUAGCCAAGCAUCACCUGGCUCUUGUUGUCCUGCUUUUCUUCUUCUUCUUUGCAUAUGUAGGUGCUGAGGUAGCAUACGGCUCCUUCAUCUUCACCUUCGCCAAGGACUACGCCCAUAUGGAUCAGUCCCAGGCGGCUGGGCUCAACUCGUUGUUCUGGGCGGCGUUUGCUGCCUGCAGGGGGUUGGCUAUCUUCUUUGCGGCCUGCAUGUACCCGGGCACCAUGAUCCUGCUCAGCCUGGUGGGCUCCACCGUGUCCUCUCUGCUUCUCUGCCUCUUCAGCAGGGAGAACGUGGCCCUCUGGGUGUGCACUGGUCUGUACGGGGCGUCCAUGGCCACCACCUUCCCCAGCGGAAUCUCCUGGGUGGAGCAGUACACCACAGUGACGGGCAACACGGCGUCUGCCUUCGUGGUGGGUGCAGCACUGGGUGAGAUGGUGUUGCCCGCUCUUGUAGGCUUCCUGCUGGGGAAGUUCAAGGACCAACCCCUGCUCAUGUACCUGUCACUCAUCACCGCCACCUUCACCGCCAUCCUCUUCCCGGUUAUGUACAAGCUGGCCUCGGCCCCAAGCAGCCAGAGCAGGAAACCCCGCGCCAGGGGCCGGCCUGACGCUGACGACAGCGAAUAUCGCCAGGCGCUGCUGGACUCAGGAGCCAAUGACGAGGAGGAGGAGGAGCAGGACAACGAGGCCGAUCAGUGGAACGACGCAGACUUUGAGGUUAUUGAAAUGGAUGACACGGCCAGUCUCAUCAGUUCACCCAGCAAGGCGGCCUCUCCUCCUGAUGUCACUGGGCUAACAGGGAGCGCCGCUGCCUCCAACACCCAGGUGUCAGAGCAUGCAGGUGGAGCCUCUUUCUCAGACAUCACCCCCCUGGUCGGAGACUCCCCCAGAUGCAAACUGCUGCUCUCUCUGGACAGAGAGAAGAGAGACUGAAACUUCCUCUGUUGAUGUCUCACUAAACACUAGAAGAGCCACGCCUCUAACAUAGCUGUGCUCAUUUGUUGUCCUGAAUCUGAAAACUCCAAUAUUGAUGAAGAGUUCGGAUGAUUUACUGUGCAGUGAAUGCAAAACUGACUACUGACCGAAACCUGUGCAGCUUAUAAACCACCCAUACAGUAUGUUGACUUUUGCACAGACUCAGCUUGUGGACCCCUCCUGGAUGAUGAAGGAUCAGCUUUUUUAACUGUACUGCUCCACAGCAGAUUGUUAUACAUAAUAAAAUGUGUCAUUGAUUCUCUACACAGAGUCUGUGUAGGCCUGCUCCCCUCCUCAGUGAGGUCAAAGGUCAGGGAAGACUAGAGAACAGAUGUCCCAGGGCUGGCAGAAUUCAGUGCCUUGCUCGAGGACACGUGAGCUGAGUGGAUGAGCUGAGCCAGGGACUGUUGCCCUCUUCAUCACGCCACCCUGCUGCCAAAAAAACCAGAAUUUUAGAAAUGUAAUUUAAUUUAAUUUUGCACUAUUGCAGUGAUUUCAUAAACGGUAGGACUUGUGUGAGAUGAUAAAGCUUUUUUUUCUUGUUAGACUUUUGUAAAGCUCAGAUUGUUCUGUUUGUCGUGCACUGUAACGUGUGGUGUGGCCUGUGCUUCUCUAAGUCACGUGGUGUCACUGUGAUUCAUUUGUUUUUGGUACUCAAUCAUUGACAGAGGGCAUUUCAAUACAUUGACUUUUUAUUAUAUCAAUCUCAAACCUCCACCCACAGCUAUGUCCAUUAAAAACAAACCAAAAAACA